UCAGCCUUUAAGAUGGCGUCUCCUCAGGGGGGCCAGAUUGCGAUCGCGAUGAGGCUUCGGAACCAGCUCCAGUCAGUGUACAAGAUGGACCCGCUACGGAACGAGGAGGAGGUCCGAGUAAAGAUCAAAGACCUGAAUGAACACAUCGUCUGCUGUCUGUGCGCCGGCUACUUCGUGGAUGCCACCACCAUCACAGAGUGUCUUCAUACUUUCUGCAAGAGUUGUAUUGUGAAGUAUCUCCAAACCAGUAAGUACUGCCCCAUGUGCAACAUCAAGAUCCAUGAGACACAGCCACUGCUCAACCUCAAACUGGACCGGGUCAUGCAGGACAUCGUGUACAAGCUAGUGCCUGGCUUACAAGACAGUGAAGAGAAACGGAUUCGAGAAUUCUACCAGUCCCGAGGCUUGGACCGGGUCACCCAGCCCAGUGGGGAAGAGCCAGCCCUGAGCAACCUCGGCCUCCCUUUCAGCAGCUUCGACCACUCUAAAGCCCACUACUAUCGAUAUGAUGAGCAGCUGAGUCUAUGCCUGGAGCGCCUGAGUUCUGGGAAGGACAAGAAUAAAAGCAUCCUGCAGAACAAAUAUGUUCGAUGUUCUGUUAGAGCUGAAGUUCGUCAUCUCCGAAGGGUCCUAUGUCACCGCUUAAUGCUAAAUCCCCAGCAUGUACAGCUCCUUUUUGACAAUGAAGUUCUCCCAGAUCACAUGACCAUGAAGCAGAUAUGGCUCUCCCGCUGGUUCGGCAAGCCAUCCCCUUUGCUUUUACAAUACAGUGUGAAAGAGAAGAGGAGGUAGGGGCCAAGCCCCCACCACAUCCCUGUCCUUUUCCCUCCCCAGAUAUUUAUGUGAAAUUAACUGCGGCUUUAUUUUUUGAAAUAAAAACUUUAAAAAAGCA